CUGGGCAUUGGAAGUGUUUCUAGUACCUCAUAGUUAGUGGCAGCGUCUACAACGAGAGCAAGAAUACCUCCAACGCCAACUUUCCUCUAUUUUUCUUGUCUUUUCAAAUUUGAAUUGCGCCCAACGCGACCUCUAUCUCCACUGCCAGUUGCCAAAAUCGUACGCCUAAAAUCGCGAUGAGUGAAAAACCCAUUGUGAAUAAUUUACCAAUGUCUCGAUCAACGGCCAUCGUGAGGACUCAAUAAUUUACAAGACCUCUCAAAGAGAGUCGUUCACAGUGUGACGUCUGCAUUUGGAUCGAUUUUUUUCCCAGUGCAUGCAUUCCUGUUUAUGCUCAUGUUCCUAAGAAAGCGAUAAAAAAAUAAUGGCUUCGAGGAAAUUUUCCACAUUUAAAAAAUCGUCGAUGUAUUGACUGCACACGUAAUAAGAGAAAUUCACGAUGCCGGCGGGAAUAUCUGCUCUGGCACCGUUCGACUGUGGUUCCCACAAGGCGCAAACCGCGCCAGCAUUUACCGUCAUUCACCGCGAUAAUCUUCAAACCACCCUGCCAAUCCUUCAUAUCAAUCAGAUGAACGAUGAUUACCCGAAAGUCAAUGGUAAUCGUCCGAGGAAAAAUGAGAGAAAUGGCUUGCUUUCGGAGAAGCGCAUCAGCAGAUCGAGCGAUCAUUUUGUACUGGCGAGUUUGCAAAAUAAUCAGGUGAAUCCUUUGAAGAGACGGGAACACAGCAAGAGUCACGAUAAUCUCGGGUUGAGUACUAAAAAAACCGACGAGUCCCUUAAAUCCGCUAUGAGUCUGUCUACCGAGAACUUCAACGAUAUUCUGAACGCAAAAUUGCAAAAAGUUCAAGAUCAGGAGCAUCAGGAGUUGAGUAGAAAAGUGGGGCUGAGGAAUAAACAGCAAAUGGUAAAUCUGAAGAAGCCAUUUAUAACGACAGUGAAGAGCGGUGAAUUUCUUAUGCCACCACCUGAGGUAGCAGCUCUCCUUGGUAUUUCACCAAAUGGCACAUGGCUUGGCAAUGAGACUGUUGAACACGGCCCCGAUGACAUACCGCCGCGCUCUAGGUUCCGGCCGUUAGUAUCUUUAGGCCACCGACCGGAAGUACGUCAUAACAAACACAAUGCUAGAUGCCAGGCAGCAUUGAAAGCGACUGUUGAUUUUACGGUUAAAUUAGUAAACUCCACGACUCUGGCUAAUGAAGAGCGAGUCAAGCGACUCUGUAACAGUAGGCUUACAACUAUUAACAGUGCCGAGAACGAUCAUCAACAACUUCCUUUCGGCAACAUUAUGUUUGAUCGACGGGUUGUACGUGGCACUACAUUGGCCGCUCCGAUGCUCUUGGAAGGUGAACACUCACCGUGUAAAAAAAAACAAAUGGCCAAGAAACGAUCCCAGCAACAGGCCUCCAGAUCGAUGAUGUUGAGAAUUAAAUCACCCCCACCUAUUCCAGGUCGGAAGCAUGAGCCUGUUCAGACGGAAAUGUACCUCGAAGAGCUGUAUGAAAAGCCCGAUGAAUCGGAAAUCGGCACACAGACGGAUUAUUUUCUGGAGAGACCUGCAACCCCACCGUACAUCCCCGGAAAAACGGGAUUAGACGCCGAGACUCAGAUCUCACCGGGCGACCUUUUUGACUACGACAGUGAGGUGCAACCAAUUCUCGAAGUUCUCGUCGGAAAAACGAUAGAACAGGCGCUAAUCGAAGUUCUGGAGGAAGAGGAACAGACAGCCCUUCGCGAACAGCAGAGGAGAUUUUUGGAGCUCAGAGCGGCCGAGAAAGCGGAGCAGCAGAGGCUCGAAGAGGAGGAGCGCAGACUGCGAGAGGAGAAAGAUCGAAGAGUGAAACAACACGAGAAAGCCGUACAUGAACAGCAAGAAACCGAGGAAAGAGUGGCUGCGGCAGUUUUGCUGACGGGAUACAUCGCAGAAUUGCUUCCAGCGGUUUUGGAGGAUUUGAAAAUGUCUGGAUUCCUGUUGGAUGAAAUAAGGGGUGACAUAGAGGAGGGCUUCGUUCCGUGGCUCAUGAACGAAGUGAAGAGGGAAAUGGGCACAGUGAUGGAGAGCCGCGAGAUAUUAGCGGAAAUCAUCAAGGAGAUUCUCGAAAAUCGGGCGACGAUCUAUAAGAAGCUUGGUGAAGAGUAUGACUCAUCGAGAGAAUUAACAGUGGCACGAUACGAUUCCCAGACGGAGAUAGAAGAGAGUGGUGGCGGAAGAGACGUUGAUUUUGAGCGUUAUCAAUCGCCAAAUGCCAUUCAAUGAGCUGUUUAUUAAUUGCUGGAAAACUAAAUGCCCUUGACUUGCAUUAUCGACAAGCCAUUGGACUAGUACGUACUACUCUGCUGGCCAGAAGCCGUCUCAUGUACCACCAUACGUAUUAUACCAGUAUACACAGCUGCAAUACAAAUCCAUCUCUGUCUUCACCCUCUGUGUCUCCCGAUGCUACCUUCCAUAUUCCCCUCCAACAUUACCGACACCGGGAUGAUUUCACUGGGGUUUCUCUAUCCACAGCGUAAAUAUUCCAGGCAUGGGGCCCGUAAUAUUACUAGCUAUUACAAAUCCAUUAUCAUUUUCUCCAAGUGAUUCUGUAUUUUCAUAAAAAGAACCACUGCAAUGUGAUUGAAAAGAUCAAACAUUUCAAGGCAAGACAAUAUUUUAAUAUCUCCAUUAAUUACUGAAAACUAUGAAAAUUCGUUUACGCAAAAAGGCGAAAUGUAGUCCAGCAGAUUAACAGGAGCUAUUCGAAAAAAUCUAGUCGCUGAAUUGAUUAAGUUU